AUGUCUAUCGUCCACAUCGUCCAAUUUGGCUUCAAGCCGAAUGUUCCCGAAGACAAGAUCGCUGAUAUCUGUCAUCAACUCGUGUCCCUGAAGGACAAAUGCAUCCACCCCACAUCUCAAAAGCCUUACAUCAAAUCGGCGAUCGGGGGCCGGAACGAUUCUCCUGAAGGCAUGGCGGGAGGUGUCACCCAUGCCUUUAUGAUGGAGUUUGAGAGCGAUGAAGACCGGAAAUAUUAUUUAGAGAAUGAUCCGGCGCAUCUAGGAUUUGUGGGUGGGGUUAAAGACCUUGUUGCGACCGCCCGUGUGGUCGACUUCAAGCCGGGUAAAUUCUAA